GGUAUAAAUUAAGUCGGUCUAUAAAAAACCAUACAGAAUCGCAAGCGAGAAGUUUGAUUGCAUAAUGCUAUUUCACUUUCCAAGCCUACGGAUUUUUUCUCCGAUUGUUCUUUGUUGUUUGACUGCAGGCCGAGUAAGGGGCGAAUAGCUGAAUUUUAGCUUCAAAUAGUGAAGUUGGUAUCAUCUAAUUUCUGGGCACUACGAUUUUUGUACUGAUUGUUAAACAAUGUCUAGCAAGAAGGAAGAAACUGCACAAGCAGCAGCUGAUCGGAUAAAGGCUGCUGCAUUGAGUGCAGCCAAGGGUCUUAGCCGAGCCCAGGCUGAACGAGCAGCAGCUGCUGCAGCAAGGAAUGUAAAUGCAUAUGGACAGAAGGAAGAAGGGCCCAGCCGAUGGCAGGAGCGCAAGGAAGCAAAGCGCCAAAUGUAUUUGAUGAGUACUGAAAAGGCUGUGAAAUUGGGUGUCAGGAAGGAUUUGAAGCCCACUGCUCCAUCAGGAGGUGCCGCUCAACGCUGCCAGAAAUGUUUUCAACCUGGUCAUUGGACAUACGAAUGCAAGAAUGAGAGAGUGUAUAUUUCUCGUCCAUCCCGGACCCAGCAGCUUAAGAAUCCCAAACUUAAAAUGAGAUUAUCAGUUUCGUAUGAACUGGACAACCCCGAUAAUCCUCAGAAUGCCUUGGGUCUGAAGCAUGGUUUGUCUGAGAAUCUAGCAUCUGAAAAAGUGGAGAGGAAAAGAAAGAGCAAGAAGAAAAAAACAAAUAAAAGAAAGAGACAUUCUUCAGAUGAUACCAGUGAAGCAUCUGAAAGUUCAAGUGAUAGCGGUAUAUCUACUGAAGACUCAGACUCUCAGACAGAUACAUCUAAUUCACAUUCGGGUGUCAGUGAGAGUGAGUCAUCUGAGACAUCUUCUGAAUCAGACUCAGAAGAAGAGCGAAGGACGAGAAAACAUAGGAAGAGGAGACAUCAACGGUCAAGUUCCUCUGAUUCUGAUUCAGAAGACUCGCGCAGGAAGAGAAAGUCUCAUCAGAAGAGGCAUCAUGGUAGACGAUGAUGUCACCGUGGGAAAGACAGCAUGAGGGAGAUAUCCGGAGUGGAAUUUUUUUACAUAGUUCAAGGAUGUACGUAAUAUUUACAACCUCCACCUAUACAAGUUGCAUGACUAGGUAUCACUAACAAUUCUUGCCAUGGUUGAAUUUGUUUUGCUAGUUCGACCAAGAUUGAAUUUAUGGAACAUUGUGCAGCUAAUAGUUUCAGUUGGAGUCAAGAUUGAAUUAUCUUCUUAUGAGAUAUUCAUUGUCCCACGGUUGAUUCAUCUGCCCAUCCUCUCGUGACCUAUCAUUUUUAGUAGUUCAACUAGGGAUGAAUUUCUCACUAAUUAAUGAUUUGAGUUCCAUAUGGGACAAAAUAGCAGAAUUGAAGAUUCAUUUCUGAUAGCUUCUGUUAAAUGACUCUUCUUCCAUUUCAUCUCAUCUUCCAUCUCGUCUUAGGAAAACUGCCUAAUUGCCUCACGGUCAAUUCAUAUCCUCUCGUAUAGGUUGACCCACUACCUUUAUAAGGACAUGUGAAGGUUCAAAAAGCUUAGAAUAUCUCAAAUUCUCAAAAUCAUUAUUUGGUAAAUCUAUUCUAAGGUGAUGGUAGUUGAAGGUUGUAGUUAAUUGCGAUGGAUUUUCAGACUAGAUCAUGCUUGGUCAUUGUGUCCACUAUGUGCAAUCAUUACGAUACUUGAAUAGUGGUCUUUGGGACCCUCAUAAAUGGAGCAAAGUAUUAUAAUGCACACGUUGCUUCAAUGUAUGAGCAAUCUUGCAUCAACCAAAUUUUUUUCUUUUUAUUGUUGUCUUACAUAUCAAUACUUUUCUUUUCUAGUCAUUUCUUUUCUAGUCAUUUUGGUGUAUUGCAGUUGUAAUUUUUGAUCUAGUAGCCAAUAGUAGCCAAUAAAAAACCUAGGUGAAUAGAAUACAAUCUUUUGUGUGGUACUACAUUUUACUCAGGGACUUUGGUUUCUUCCAAAGUACCAAUCAAUCAUUACAUGGAUGUUGGCGUGCUUGUUUCACAUUCCUUGAUCAUGUAGUAGGUCACAAGCUAAGUCAACUUAAGGAGGUCUACAUGUUAUGCACUAAUAUGUAAAGCCUUGCAUCAGAGAACAAUCACUUGAGGGGGUCUAUUGGCCCUAAGAACGUUGUGUUUAGGACCACAUUGGUUUGUAACAUAAAUUUAAUCUUGGUUGACCAAGAACCUUAUAUACCCAAAGAUGUACCUUUUAAAGUGUUUUAUUUUAUUUGUGGGAGCACAAGGGAGAUCCGGGGACCAAGUUGUGUCUAAAUAACUCAAAGUAGAGCAAAAGGGUAGAGAUUAGCCCAAGGAAGCCAAUUUUGGUGGUUGCACUUAUGUGAAGGUUUUGACAUUAUAUUUUAAUGUAAGAUUGAAGUCUAGAAUUCUAUACACCCAUUGUGGCAUACAUUGUCAAUGUAAGUUUGAUUAUUCAACAUAUAUAAAUUGAAUUCAGUUUAUUG